GGGGGCACGGGUCAUUCAGAUUCUAAACCUUCGGCCUUUGAACAGGGAGUCUGGCACUACCGACUCCGACUGUACUCCGCUGCUUCUAAUCUGAUUUAAACCCAAAUCGACCAUUGAAGAACCCUAAAAUCGGCAAGCUAAAUUCGAUUAAAAGCCAACGUGUACGAUAAUGAGCACUCAAAUGGCAUCUACGAUGGAGGGCUCCAAUCACACUGAUGUGGGAUCCGAAGAAAAACCUCAAAUGAUUUUCCGCUGCAAGAAAUGUCGAAGGAUUGUUGCUUCACAGGAGCAUAUAGUUCCUCACGAACGCGGAGAAGGUGAAAAAUGCUUUAAAUGGAAGAAGAGAAGCAGCAAUUCGAAGGAUAUGGUAAACGAGCCACCCGAGUGUUCGUCCAUAUUUGUAGAGCCAAUGAAAUGGAUGCAAGCAGUCGAGGAAGGUAACACGGAGCAAAAGCUUCAAUGCAUCGGUUGCAAUGCUCGUUUGGGUUCGUUUAAUUGGGCAGGUAUGCAAUGCAACUGCGGAGCAUGGGUAAAUCCAGCAUUUCAGCUGCACAAGAGUCGUAUAGAUGAAUGUCGGUUUUGAGAUUCAUCACUUGCUAUCAGUAUCGUGGUAGAAAAUCUGGGACGGGUCAACGAUUUUGGUCAAUCCAACGUGUUCGGAAGAGCGUGUUUGUCAUCUCAUUUUCCGGUAUCGUGGUAGACGACUUUCAAAACAAUUGGUAAAAUUACUCCUUUUUCGCUAUAUCCGAUCUGGUUAAUGUUGUUAAGUUUUAGGGUGUUGCAAAAGAUUCAUUUGUUUCGGGCAAUUUGCAAUGUUUUAC